AUGUCCUGGACUGGCCAUGAUCGGAUAUGGUCAAAGCUCUGCCUACUUGCCUUUUUUACCGUUGCGCUAGCCACACAUGCCCCACGACGGAGGCGGCAGUUAGGUGAAGAGCCUAGCGGACCUCCAAUUGAUUUGAAUACCACCGUGCCAUAUAUUUUUUCGGCUCGACUUUAUCCUUAUGGGUUGGAGAAAGGGGAUAAAAUCCUGACAAACAGCGCUCAAGCCAUGGCCCUGAUGGAGCCAUUCGCGUACCUGGGUGCCGUCUACGAUACCAUCUACAUCCGAAAUGAUGGAGCCGUGUCGCUGUCGCCAGAAAAUCAACAACCAUCCGUCCUCCCAUCUCAACAUCCAAUUAUUGCCGCAUUUUGGAUGCCGACACGUGGUGGAAAAGUCUACUAUCGCCAGACUGAUGAUCAAAGCCUCCUCAACAUGGCUCACAAUGAAGUGAAUAUCCAGUAUAGAUAUGGACAGAUCUUCAAUAUCCGUAGUGUUGUCGUGAUCACAUGGGAAGGAGGUCGAGAUGCUAGUCGUCCGAAUAUCGAUGGCAACGUCUUCCAGCUAGCCAUCAUCAUCGGCGAUGAGAUGACUUUUGCGCAUUUCAUCUACAGCCGACUGAUCUCCAAUCGCGAUGCCGUGGCUGGCUUCUCAAACGGAGCCAACGUUACGUUCUCACUGCCCGACUCCGGAACUGCCGACUCUAUUCUACUACGGGAGAAAAGCGACAUCGGUAUACCCGGAGAGUGGUUAUUCAGAAUUGACGCGACGGAGGUGUACCUUUGUGGUGCUGGGUUUAAGGGUCUGGAAUGUGUUGAGAGCUGCUCGCCAAAUCAAUGGUUUAACGACUGCUCCCGAAGUUGUCACUGCGAAAACGGGGACCAGUGUGAUCCGGAAAAUGGGCGAUGUCCUACAACAAAAUGCACCCCUGGCUGGACCCAUCCACCAAUCUGUGAUCGAGACAUUGACGAAUGCGCGCAACCAGGAAUUUGCCCGGCAGCCCAACCAGAUUGUGUCAACACCCCAGGAGCAUUCAUGUGCCUGUGCUUUGAAUAUGAUGAAGAGCUGGGGCGUUGUAAAGGCAGCGAACUAGUAACUGAUGAAGCUCCUGAAGUAGCUUCGGUACCUGUGCAAGUGAUGCCCGUUCAUCCAUCAAUUCAUUCUCAUACCACAAAAGGCCCAGCCCAUACUAGGGCUCGGGCUCAUGCUGUGAAGCAGACCACAUCCUCUCCGAGUAGUAAAAAGGCUAAUACUACGAAAAAGACCACAGCUACCUCUCGGUCGGCGACGAGCUCUUCGGAUAGUUCUGUGGUUAUUCAACCACCCAUUCCACCACUAGCGCCAAAUUGUCCACUUUGCCAUCCAAGAGCGGAAUGUGUGGCUGGAAGAUGUGAUUGUUUGCCGGGCUACGAAGGCGACGGUCAAUUCAGCUGCGAGGACAUCAAUGAAUGUGCAAGGACGACCCCUUGUGGUGAUCGAGCAAAAUGUGAGAACAUUGAUGGCUCUUACGAAUGCACUUGCGACCAGGGAUACCGUUAUGAUGGGCAGAAAUGUGUUGACAAAGAUGAGUGCAGUGAGGGUUCGGUUUGCGGUGAAGGCGUUGGCGCGGAAUGUGUGAACACCGAGGGCAGCUUUGUAUGCAAAUGUGGAGAUGGAUAUCAAGGAAGUCCGUUCAGUGCCGAUGGAUGUCAAGAUAUGGAUGAGUGCCAGCACGAUGCAUGUGGCGAACAUGCCACCUGCACGAAUACCAAGGGAGGAUUUGAAUGUGAAUGUCAUGAAGGCUUCGAACGAUCUAAUGAUAAUGCCUUCUGCACUGAUAUUGAUGAAUGUUUGCAAUCCCCAUGCCAUGCUGCUGCUCAGUGCACAAAUUUGGCCGGCUCAUUCACUUGUGAUUGUAUCGAAGGGUUUAUUGGGGAUGGAGUUGAUUGCCAUGAAACCAUCCUCUACCCGAUUGCAAACGACUCCUUUGUCGUUCCGCGCGGAAACUCUUCGGCCAGCUUCUCCCUUUCUGCACCAGUGAAAGUCGGGGGUGAAGACUACCUCCACGUCAAGGUAUCUCCACAAGGAUACUUUUCCUUCACCAGACACCAAUUUGGACAUGAGGCAGAGAUUGAUGGCCCGGCUAUCUUUGUCUACAAUUCUGACUUUGAUUACAGCAGUGAUGGACUGGUGGCUUUUACCCGAGUUAAUGAUUCUGAUGAAGCUUCUCGCGCCCUUCUUCGUCGCGCCGCACUCUCUGCCUCCGCCCAAUGGGGAAUCGACGAUUUCGAACCCACGCAUCUCCAAAUCAUCACUUUCAGCCGGAUGAGGAAAAGAAAUUCCAACCAGGAAGAGCUGAAUUCCUUCCAGGCAUGC